AUGUUAGGUUCAUCUUUGUCAGUAAUUUUAAUCUGCCAAGUUACUCUUGGAGUUCUGAUGGUCGAUCAAUACAUUUACAAGGAUUUAAUUCAUCUACUCCAACUAAGAGCUUCCGAGUUGUUGCUUCUAAUGGUCGCUGGACUCGACAUUUGUAAGGCAACUUUAGAUCAACUCGAUAAAAAAUUGACAAAUUCGAAGGGAAAGUUCUGGUCUCUUGCUGUCGACAUAACAAACGAAUCUGAAGUAGUUGACGGUUUCGAAUGGAUCAAGGAACACUUAGGUCCUGUACAUAUCCUAGUUAAUUGUGCCGGAAUCGCCAGGGAUAAUGAUCUCAUCGAUGGCGAUGCCCAAAUGUGGAAGGAUGUUUUGGACACGAACGUUUUCGGCUUGUGUUUGGCCACGAGAGAAGCUGUCAAGCACAUGACGAGCAAUGAGAUCAAAGGUCAUGUCAUACACAUAAACAGCAUUUCCGGGCAUACUGUUCUGCCCUAUUCAAGGACCAACGUCUAUUGCGCUUCUAAAUAUGCCGUAACUGCACUGACAGAAACUUUGAGACGCGAAAUUGUCCUUAAAGGUCUUGGAAUCAAGGUGACCAGUAUUAGUCCAGGACUUGUGUCAACCAAUCUGUAUGAGUCCGCAGGUUUUCAUCCAAAAGCUAUCAAAGCUAUCGGCAACCGGCCUAGUCUUUAUCCCAAGGAUAUAGCAGACGGCGUUUUGUACGUCCUCGGCACCCCUCCUCAUGUUCAAGUUCAUGAGCUGACCAUUAAACCUGUUGGUGAAAUAGACUGAUUAUCUGCAUUUUAAUGAUUUAAAAUGAUCUGAAUAAACAAUAACAUUGUUAUGUUACGUAUGUUAUGAA